AUCAGUCACAACUUAACCUCUCUCUCUCUCUCUCUCUCUCUCUCUCUCUCUCUCUUCUUCUUGUUGUUGUUUUUGGACUUCAAGUUUACUAAACGGUGCCGUUUGAGAUCAUGGGUCAGGGUAGAGGCAGUGCAGGGGUUGGUGUGGUUUUGGUGAUGUGCCUGAGUUUGCUGCUGCUCCAAUGUGAAUGGGCUGAAGCCAGAAGCUACACUGUUGGGGAUGCAGGUGGUUGGACGUUUAACGUUGCUGGGUGGCCUAAGGGGAAGUCAUUUAGAGCCGGUGACGUGCUUGUUUUCAACUACGCGUCUUCUGCUCACAAUGUGGUUGCUGUGAACAAGGCUGGGUAUCAGACAUGUAGCUCUCCAAGAGCUGCCAAAGUCUUUCAGACUGGGAAAGAUCAGAUCAAGCUUGCUAAAGGACAGAACUUCUUCAUUUGCAAUUUCCCAGGCCACUGCCAAUCUGGCAUGAAAAUUGCCAUCACUGCAGCCUAGGCUGAUCUCAUAUAUAUUUAAUUAUAUAUAAUAUAAUCGCUAUAUACCCAGUAUACUCUAUAUAGCUGGAUGUAUUGUAAGUUUCACUACUACUUUGUGAUAAAGAAAUAAUAGGUCAGUGGUAUUGCUGUUGGCAUGCAAA